GCCACAUGACAGCACCGUCGCGCGACUAUCCGUGAUCGAGCCCGCAGCGGGAGUUGCCCGCCCCCAUCGCCGCCGUCAGGUUUAUCGCGUGUGCUGCACGUCGAUCACGGGCGGAUGUCAGCUGUCGCGCGACUCGUGCGACUAGCAUGCGAGAGCACGCGACAGUGCGUUAAUCCUACGCGGCUGCUACUGUACGUACAUAGCGUUGUCGGAGCAUUUGUGUUGGAGCGAGAGCAGCCUCCCAGUGCGUGCCCCGUGCACGGUGAGCGAAUGACUACGAGUUAAAGGCUCCGGCGAGGCUGCUCUACCAGCGACUUUCGCUCCUUACCUGGGUGUCACCUUGGACGGGCGAUCGAACGGCCUCUAUACAGCUGUCAUCUCGGCCUGAGAUAUACAUAUAUAAAUAUUCCGCUUCAACGUCGAUUUUUACACGCUCGAGAGAUUUAGGUGGAUUAUUUUAACCAAAGGAGUCUCUCGACGAUGAGUAGAGAUCGUCUCACUCGCACGUCGGAGCGCCGCGUGAUCGCCUCCCUUGUGGCGUAGCUAUGGUAGGGCCUGUCACCGCCUCUUGAUCGUCGUAAUCUAUAUCGCGAUCAGGUCCGCGGGCGGGGAUGUCGGAGAACACUCGCGACAAGGAGCAGUGGCAGCUCCUCCACAGCCUUCGCUCCACUGUGGAGGGCCUGCUGAUCGACGGGGUGUCCAACGUGUGGAAUGUCUACGGCGGCCUGAACCGGCUGCACAGUGUGAUGGAGCGGAUAUUCAAGCACGGCUGUCGCAUAUUCGACCCUGACGGUGAGCCGGAUUGUUGGAUAUUCAUUCAAGGACUGAAUUGGCUCCAACCGUCUUUGGCGACAUCACCAAUACUGUCGGAAAACGAGGAUUAUUUGUGCAAUUUGCCAGCUAGGAUAACAUCCAAGAAAGACAUGUUGUGGCUGUACAAAAGUUUAGAGGGCCACUCCCUAUCACAUAAAUUAUCGUGGCUUCUAUCAGAUAAGGAACAUUUGCUUUCCUGUCUGGAACCAUGGGCCUUCCUUUGUCAAGAGAACUUGGCAGAGGCGACACUUUUGUAUCUAAGAGCGGUCGAGAGGAAUCAGCCUGUGUUGCUCGCAGAAAUUGAUCCUUGCUUAUUUUUACCAUCGUGGAUAUCUCCUAAAACGAGUCCCAGGCGACACCGUCGCUCGUCCUCGUAUCCGGUAAAUUUUUCUGGCCUCAGUCACAUCCUCGCGCGCGACAAGAGCACGAGCGUUCUCAGCAGAUGUCAACUGGACAAACUGAAGGCUUCGACGCAGUCUGUGUCGCGCGACACGAACGACGCCGAGAGUCAGAUGUCAAAAUCCGCACAAGUUAACGCUGACGGUGACGCACAAGGGGACAAUUCCAAGAUCGACGAUGUACCUCUGAAAACGUGGAACAGUCUGCCCGCUUUGGUCAAGGGUGGCGCAGUCGUGGAAAAUUUAAUCUCGCCGGCGAUUCAGGAGAACGGCAACUGCAACAACAGCAAUAACCGACGUCGUACCGUUGAAUUGGCGGAGAUCAUAAAUGUCAAUUACGCGGAUUCGAAGCAGCCCGUUGAUCUCAGCGUGGACAAACUCACGGCGAAACCAAAGACGCCGAUCAGGAAGACGAGGAGUCGGACGAAGGCCAAACACAGCCGGGGUAAGAAAGCCGCCGAGAACGCGGAGAACGCGGCUUCGCGUGUUCGCGAGAAGGUCGGCAACACGGUCGAGGAGACGCGGCCGAUCGCGAUCGCGGAAUCGGCGGAGACGAGGACGCUGCAGGACCAGUGGACGCAGCGCAAGAAGACGUCCUUCCUGGUGGGCUCGGCGCCCGAGUUCACGGGCAGCUGGAGCUCGGAGGUGGAGGGACAGAAGGACAUCCGCACGCCGCGGAAGAGCUUCAUGGAGGACGGCGGCAGUAGCGUGCAGCCGAUGGCGACCGGCUACUUCCCGCGGCCGGCCGAGGGCCAGAGUCUGACCAGCUUCCUGUCGUCGGCGCGGUUCUCGCGCGCCCACGACGCCGAGCUGGACCGCGAGAACGCGCACUUCAGCGUCUGCGAGGCGAUGAUCGCCGCGAUCGAGCAGGUCAAGUGCAACCGUCUGCAGCGCCGGCUGCUGGACGACGCGGCCGACGACGAGAGCGACGAGGAGAUCAACCGGCUGAAGCAGCGCAUCCGGCUGCGGCGCCGGCAGCGCCAGGAGGAGAGGUGCCGCGGUACCGGCAGGCGCUGGAGCCGCGGCGACCUGCUGAGCGACGGCAGGACCGACACGACCACGACCACCGAUCAGAGCGUCAGCCCGUUGUCCACGUCCCCGGGCAGCUCCUCGGAGGACAGCGUGUCCACGGAGGACUCCGGACUGGACGACGAGCGGAGGACGUUGAGGAACGGCGGCAUGUCCGCGUCGACCGCGUCGUUGCUCUCGGACGCGGAGUCGCGCGCGGCGAGAUACGCCACGGACUCCAACGUGAGCGAGAGCAGCGUGUCCGCCGAGGGGGUGGCUCUGUCCCUCAUCAGUCGCUUCAGCGAGAAGCAGCUGCCGAGGGCGAGCGAGCUGCAGUGGCUGGUCUCGGAGAAGGACGCGCCGCAACGCCUGCUGCCGAUGCCGAAGAGCUGGCCGGUCAGCCCCGACGAGGUCGAGAUUGAGGACGCGCGGACUAUUCCGCUGAGGGGGACAGUCGAAUGGGCCCCGCCUCGCCCGCAGAUCAUUUUCACGCCUCAUCCACCACCGGUAAGACGGAUGCUGAUAGCCAAGCAGAAUUAUAGGUGCGCGGGUUGCGGCAUGAAGGUCGCUGUGAAAUACGCCAACCGGUUUCGGUACUGCGAGUAUCUGGGUCGAUACUUCUGCACGGGGUGUCACACAAACCAGGUGGCAUUUGUGCCAGGGAAAAUUCUAUCGAAAUGGGAUUUCAACAGAUAUCCCGUGUCGAAUUUCUCAUACCGAUUGCUGGAUCAGAUGAUGUCGGACCCGCUGUUCCAAGUGAACGACUUGAAUCCGCUGCUAUACAGGCGAAUAAAGCAGCUCGACAAAACGAGACUUCUGCGCACGAAGUUAUUCUUUCUGAAGGAUUUCUUAUUCGCGUGUCGAUUCGCGACCAGUCUUCAAGACGUGCUGAAGAAAGAGCCGAAUUACAUCAUCAACGAUCCGCAUGUGUACUCGAUUCAAGACUUAAUAAACGUCAAGCUCGGUGUGCUGUUCGUCAGGCUGCAGGAGCUCGUCCAAGUUUGUUGCGCACAUAUUGUAGACUGCGAGUUGUGCCAAGCCAGAGGAUUUGUCUGCGAGCUGUGCUGCUCCAAGGACGUGAUAUUCCCGUGGGAUCUGUCGAAGGUGAUACGAUGUGAAAAGUGCGGCGCGUGCUUCCACAUCGAUUGCAAGCAGAGCUCCGACAAGCUUGAGUGUCCUCGAUGCAUGAGAUUGCACGCCAGACGAAUUUCGAGGGAUGAGAAGCCCUGACGAAUGACGAGGGCGUACAUUGUCGCGCUACUCAGAAUGGGAUAUGUAUAUUGAGCACGUAAGCCAUUCAGGUCCAGAGGAUAAUCUCGUAAGACUUAUCCCGGACAACAAAGGAAUUCUAAAUGAUCUAAGGAGAAAUUUAGGCUUUUAUAGAUAUAUCUCCUGGACUUUUACGUUUUCCGAGAUAUUAUUACUAAUCUACAAAGUAUAUUCAAUAACGUAUUCGAGGGGUUAAUAAAAAUUUCUUGAAUACAGUUUUUAGACGAGAUUUGUAGAUAUUAUAAAAUGAAAGUGUCAAUUUAUUCGAGCUUAAUUACGACCUCUGACAUAUUCGAAAUAGGAGGUUGCGAGAUUAAUUAAAGAUGGAUAUUAGCUCGUAUCUGAAUCGAAUUAGAGGAUAAAAAUUGUGCUAAGGGAUCCGUGGUAGAAGUUCCGAUUUUUUUUUGCCCUUCACUUUCUCCAUUCAUGUGACUGAAAAUACUUGUGUCUCAAUCCUUCACUCUCUUUCUCUCUCUAUUCACGUAAUUGAAAAUACUUGUGCCUCAGUCUCAGAAAAUGAAUAUUGGACGAACGAGACGUACAUUAUAGUGAUUAUAGUGAAGACUGAAGCGUUGUGAUAUAUACAUGUUGGAUUUCGAUUUUCUUCGAAAUAAUCUGCAUGAUAUAAAAACGUUUAUAGGAUGUCUUUUAAACGUUCCCCUGGACACUUAUUCAGAGACGUAUCGAUUUAUGUAAAAUCUCGAAAGAGAUGUAAAUCGGAUGAUUUGUUGAAAAAGCACAUAAACGUACAAUAUAAUUUGCCAAGCAAAUUAUAAAAAAAGAUACGCUGUAUUUCACAAUGAACUGUCACAAAGAAACACUUUUUUAAAAAGUAAUAUAUAAUUUAUAUUAGAUACAUAAUAAAAAUUUUGUUCAAAUAAUCUAUUGGGUUGUUCAAGAAGUAUGAGUUUUUUUUGUAGUCAGAACGAAAUGCAAUUUUUAACUAAAUGAAAACUCUAUUCACCAUUCUGUUGUGCUACUUUGAACUCAUGUCUCGAAGAACUUGGUUGAUUUGUAGGCAAAACAGUCAUUCACAGUGGGUUUUUAGUUUUUACUGUCUGUAGACUGCCGAAUAUUUUUUUCGUUCAAAGAAUUUAAAGGUCGGAACGAGUGAUCAGAUGGCGCAGUGUCCGAUAAGUAUCGGUAGAUGCGGUAGGAACAUCUCAGUCAAAUGCGUGCAACUUCCUUCGGUUGUUUUCGAUUACCCUUAUAGAGAAAUUUAAUACUGUGAAUAUUAAAUUAGUUAAUUACUUAUUUUGAUAUUUAAUAUUCAAAAAUAGUACUUUUAAGACUUAAAAUAAGUAAUUAAUCACCAACCAAUUUAAUAUUUACAGUAUUAAAUUUUUCUAUGAAUAGCGCUUUAAUUUGGCCGUCAUCCACGACCGAAGACUCUUCCAGAGUCUUUAGUCAAAAUUAUCCGCCUCAAAAAUCUUGAGAAUCACUUAUGAAGUUGGUAAAGCAAUGGCAUCACCUCCAUACGUUUUACAAAUUUUUUUCCGUGGUCUGCACAACGCGUUUCUCCGAAAAUAUUGUACCCUUUUAUUUUCUAUCUUUACAAUCAGUAACUAACACAAACUCAAUCGAUCUCAUCUAAGCUUCUUCUUUCUUCUGAAAUACCACCUAUCUCCCUUGAAAGAACGAUGUAGCCUAUUAUGUCUAGUUGAUAUUGAUGUCUAAGAAUAAGAUCUCGACCUAACAUUCAUUAAAUGACGCGUUGAAAUGAAUACUUUUCAUAAUAUGAACUUCUCGAACAAUCCAAUUUAUACUCAGUUACCCUUUCUGCUUAUUGUUAGAUAAAGAAAUUUUUAAUUCUUUAAUAUUUAUUCAAGCAUGAACAAAAAGUAUUAUAUUUCCCUGCAACUAUUUUGUAAAUGGCAAUAAGCUUCUCAAGUCGAUAGUAAUUUUAAAGCUACAACAGAUUAAUUAACGAUUAAUACGGAUAUGAGUACGGAUAAUAUAAAAUUAUGUUAAAACUGAAUCUGUAUAGUAAUAGCAAGUACGUACCUGAUUUUUACUAAAUUUAAAGUAUGUAUAUUUAUUGUUUAUUUAUGGAGAGCGUGCAAUACUGGAGUAAGUAAUUUUCAGAAAGAAAUUUUGACAUGUCUAUUACAUUCUUCGUCGCGACGCAGCUUUAUUAUAAUUCUUGAUAUUAACAAACAUUUGUAAAGAAAGUAUGUAAAACAUGUAAAUAAAGUUAUGAGAUUUGAAUUA